AUGAAAUCGCUCAGACAAGUCAGUGAUAUCGUCCAAAAGCUCUUCCCGCCCAGCUUGGCUGGCUCUUGGGACAAUGUUGGCCUGCUCUGGGAACCUGGGCACUCACGAGGCGUUGACCAAGUGUUGCUGUGCAUUGACCUCACGACGUCAGUUGUUAACGAAGUUUGUGCCAAUAAGAGUAUUGGACAUGUCGUAGCCUACCAUCCUCCAAUCUUUCGAGGCUUGAAGCGCUUCAAUAACGAUGAUGCGCAGCAGAAGCUCCUGAUGCGCUUGGCAUCACUUGGCGUCGGUGUCGUCUGCGUCCACACCAGUGCAGAUGCAAUUCCUGGCGGUGUCAACGACUGGCUUGCUCAUGUCAUUGCCCAAAAGAUUGACGCAUUUCGCGCUGGCGAGCCAAGUCAUCUACACACUAAAUGUCUUGAAGAGGCAGACACUACCAAACUGGACUCUUCAUUCGAUGGAGCCGGCGCUGGCCGUUUGCUGACUCUGCAAGAAAAUGGAGCCAACACAAGGCUUCCAUUGAGUGAAAUUUGCAAACGGCUCAAGACAGGACUGGGACUCAGUCAUCUGCAGAUGAGUUCAGACGAGAGCAUGAAAGACUGCAGGACGGUUGCCAUCUGUGCGGGCUCGGGUGGUUCGCUAUUUGAGUCUUCCAAGGCAUUCGACAAGGCUGAUUUGCUUGUCACUGGGGAACUCUCCCACCACGAGUGCCUACGGUAUCAAGAGAAGAAAGUGCCAGUCAUCUUGACGGGUCACAGCAAUUCAGAGCGAGGGUAUCUGCCAUUCAUGAAAGUGAUGCUCGAGAAGGCUGGCUUGGUUGUACAGGUCAGCGAGGCCGACAAGGACCCCUUGAAGAUUGUCUAA